AUGGCGUCGCUGUCCGUCUCCCUCCGUGCCUCCGCCUCCCCGGCUGCCGGCGGCGCCGCGGGGUCCCGCCACGCCGACCCCCCCAAGGUGUCGUGCGUGAGGAGCAAGAUCAGCUGCAGCUUCCCUGCAAUUGGAGCUUCUUCGUCACAUGCUAGAAGCGUUGAGCCAAUAAGAGCUACAGCCACACAAACUCCCACGGUCACCCCUCAAUCUUCCAGUGGGCAAAAGAUAAAGGUUGGCAUCAAUGGAUUUGGACGAAUUGGAGGACUGGUUCUACGAAUUGCAACUAGUAGAGAUGACAUUGAAGUUGUGUCUGUUAACGAUCCUUUCAUUGAUGCUAAGUACAUGGCUUAUAUGUUCAAGUACGAUUCAACGCACGGUCCAUUCAAAGGCUCCAUAAAGGUUGUCAAUGCGUCAACCUUGGAGAUUAAUGGGAAGCAAAUCUCAGUUACAAGCAAAAGAAGAUGCAAGUCCUUUGUACUUAAUGUCCACUGGGACAAGGCAACAGCUAUACACAUAGGUUGUAAAUUUGUAACCCAAGAGAUCCCUCAGACAUCUGUUGGUGUAGUUAUGGAGCUGAAUAUGUUGUUGAAUCGUCUGGACUUUUACAACAAUCGAGAAAGCAUCAGCACAUUUGAAGCCACCCAAAAGACUGUUGAUGGUCCUUCAAUGAAAGAUUGGAGGGGAGGACAUGGUCCUGGUCAAAACGUCAUCCCUAGCUUUACUGGUGCAGCAAAGGUUUAUCUCAACUCAAAGGAAGAGACUGGAAACUUCCUUUGUACGGAUUUCUUAUGUUCUAUCUCUUUGCUAUCUUCCAGGCUGUUGGGAAGGGCAGCAUCAGAGGGCGCACAAAAGGGCAUUUUAGGCUACACGGAUGAGGACGUUGUUUCAAAUGAUUUUGUCGGUGAUGCUAGCAACCGGGUCCUUGAUCUGAUCGGGCACAUGGCUCUUGUCAAUUCCAAGCACUGA